AAUCGAACCAAAAUGGCGGAAAUACUGAUGGUAGAGAAUUUUAUCGGAGGGGAUUUUAUAUCUUCUGCCAAGCAUAUAGAUAGUUUUAACCCUGCAACUGGGGAGGUCUGGGCACUUAUACCAGAUUCAGGGGCUCACCAGGUGAAUGAAGCUGUAGCAGCAGCCGAGAAAGCUUUUCCCUCCUGGUCACGACUAACUCCAUCAGCCAGAGCAAAAUAUCUUCUUAAUAUUGCUGAUAUCAUUGAUCAAAGGUUGGAUGAGCUAUCUCUAGCUGAAUCUAUGGACCAGGGUAAACCUGUGUGGUUGGCUAAACAGAUGGACAUCCCAAGAGCUUCUCAUAAUUUCAGAAGUUUUGCUGAGUCGUGGCAGCAUUUAACCGAAUCCUCUAAUUCAAUGAGUGGAGCUGGAGUUAUAAACUACUCUCUUAGAAAACCGUUAGGAGUUGCUGGUAAUAAUAGUAAUUAUAUUAAUGAUAUUAACCCCUGGAAUCUCCCUUUAUAUCUUCUAACCUUCAAGAUUGCUCCAGCUUUAAUGGCAGGUAACACUGUAGUUUGUAAAACAAGCGAGAUGACCAGCGUAACAGCCUGGAAACUCGCGCAGAUCUGCAAACAGGUUGAACUUCCACCGGGAGUACUGAACAUGGUGUUUGGAUACGGACAGACGGCUGGGGAAGCACUGGUAACCCAUCCAAAAGUUCGCAUUGUUAGUUUCACAGGAUCUACUGCUGUCGGUCAACAUAUAGGACGAAUUGCAGCUCCUAUGAUGAAAAAACUAAGCCUGGAGCUUGGUGGAAAGAAUGCCGCAGUGGUUUUUGACGAUGCUGAUCUUGAAAAAUGCGCACAGGGUCUUGUUAGAUCUGCGUUUUUAAAUCAAGGAGAGAUUUGUCUAUGUACCAGCAGAGUUUUUAUACAGAAGGGUGUAUACAACAAGGUACUGGAGAGGUUUAUACAAUUAACCAAUGAGCUGAAAACUGGAGAUCCAACACAAGCUGAUAAUUUCCUCGGAGCAGUUAACAGUAAGGUUCACUAUGAGAAAGUGAUGAAGUAUAUAAAGCUCUCUGUAGAAGAGGGAGGAACUAUCAGGACCGGGGAGGGGGUCUCAAAGUUGGAUUUGUCAGAGAAGAAUAGAAAGGGAUGGUUUGUACAGCCAACCAUUAUUACUGGACUCUCAGACCAAUCAAGGUAAAUGUAUGCUCGUCUUUCAUCUGCGCGG